AUGGUAAAAGAACACGAAUAUAAUGAAAAUUUGGUGAAAGGUUUGUUGGAAAAAUUAAAUUAUCCGGUUUUACGUGAAGCAGCUGAAAGUAUCGGCGAAGCUAAUGGCCUUCCUGCUCAGUUACCAACUAUACAAGAUGAACCAUUCUUAAGAAAGUUAUUUCACGUGCUUAUGUCUGUAGAAAUAAUCGAAGGUGAAUUGAAAUGUCCUGAAAGUGGCCAUGUUUUUCCCAUCCGCUCUGGAAUUCCUAAUAUGAUUGUUGAAACAAAUUAA